AUCCUGUAUGAAGUCAGCUUGCUUGAGUUGAAUCAAACAAAGGAACCUCAAUACCUGGAGCUCAAUCCCAAUGGUCGCCUUCCGAGCAUUCGAGAUCCGAACACUAGAACCACUCAUGAUCUGACAAACAUUCCUAGUCUGGAGCUAUCAUACUGUAUCUCAUCGAUCAGUACAAUAAAGAAGAAAAGCUCUCGUACUCGAGCGGGCCACAAAAGACGGGGCCCGUACUUCGGCCAAGCAACCUGGUUCGCCAGAUUCCACCCCGAAAAGCUGCCAACAGCCAUUGAUCGCUAUGUCAAUGAGAUCGAGCGUGUACUUGGAGUACUCGAUACCGCUUUACGUCGUGGGAAUACUGCUUGGUUGGUUGGCGACAAAUGUACUUACGCUGACAUCUCGUUUGUGACUUGGGCUGCCACAGGCGAGGGCCUCUUGCGCGAGCUUGAGAAAGACAAAGGAUUGGCGGAGAAACAUCCUCACUACAGUACUUGGUUCGCAGCAUUGAAAGAGCGGUCUACGAUUGGCAAGGCAUUACAGGAGAUCGCAGCUCAGCGAAAGGCCCAUGGUCUACCUUGA